GCAUUUACAUAGAUUAAAAUCUUAUUGGAAUAACGGGUAUAAAAGGAGCGGAAAGGACCGAAACUGGCCAGGAUGAGGCUAAGAUGCGGUCCCAACUUCAGCUCCGUUUGGGUAAACUGCUCCUGCUGACAGUUGCGCUAUGCUGCGUUGUAGUCCAGGCCACAGAUUUUCCCUUUUAUAGACGACCCUGUAGCCCUGGUCAAGAUGUCGAAUCGGAGUGCCCGGAUAACUACUUCACCUUGGAAGACACUCCAGCGUGGUGCCCAGAGAUAAGGUACUGCUACCUGGGGUUAAACCAGACCUGCAAUGAAUACCAAGCCGAGAGCAGAUGUGAAGUCGAGCUACAGUGUCGGUGUAACAGGUGUUUGGGGUGCGAUGAGAGGUUUAACUGUGUUGAAAUUCCAAUGAUAUGCGAAAUUGAACGGUUAGCAAAAUUUGGAAAACGCAUUUCCUACCGACCGCCGAUCCGUGCACCCUUCCACCCGCCGAUCCACGCACCUGCCCACCUGCCUAUCGACUUACCCUGGUUUCUGAGACGGUGGAUGGAGAAACAAGGCCAAUAUCCCCACUCGUAUACAAAGAAGUCCUGAACCAAUGGUGCCCGAUACCCCAGAACAGACCCCUGACAACCCUUCUCCCAUGUUUAUAAUUAGGAUAUUUUUAAUUAAGAAAUAUAUUAACCGCAAAUAAAGGAACUGAGCAUUGCAA